UGGGCACCCACUUUCAGCGCCUGUAAAGCAUUUUUUUCGAACACAUUACAAGCGUUUCUACAUAGAAGAAGCUCAUGGGGAUUCGGUUGGCCACGUUUGUUAUUCAGGCAAAGCAGAUUCUGCAGAUGAGGUCUCUUAACAGUAAGUCGUCGUCUUCACCGGUGGCGAAGACGGCGAACGUUCCGAAGGGUCAUUUCGCAGUUUACGUGGGCGAGAAGCAGAAGAACCGGUUUGUGAUCCCCUUGUCGUACCUGAAGAAUCCUUCGUUCCAGGAGUUGUUGAGGCGAGCUGAGGAAGAAUACGGGUAUGAUCCUCCGAUGGGCGGUCUCACCAUUCCCUGCAGCGAGGACGCCUUAUUGAAUGUGGCUUCACUGCUCAAGUAUACGUAGUAGUAGUACUGCAACUUAAUUACGGUAUUACACUACAGAGAGUGGAGCAAUGGCGGCGCACUUGAAACGCCACUAAAAGACUCUUUAAUAGCCUCGUUUUAAAACGCCCCUAAUGAUUUGUAGAUUGAACAAAAUAGGAUUGUGGCCGCUUCCACCAAUUUUGUAUAAAUCUUUGGCUAAUUUUGUAUUGGAAUUCUACUGAAAUAAUGAAUGCGCAACCCUUGGCUAUAUAUAAAUCAA